CGCGCCGGGGCCCGAAAGGACGUCAGGAGAGCGUGGGGUCGCGGGCGAGCCCUCCCGUGGCCUCCGUUCGGAUCCUGACGGGCCAUCGAGGCUGCUUUCCAGUCCGCGCCAGGGCCCAAGAGGCGCGCCGGCAGCCAUGGCGCACCGCUGCCUGCUGCUGUGGGGCCGCGGUGCUUGCCGGCCCCGCGGGCUGCCCCCGCCGCUCGUGCCUGGCGGCCGCGCGGGACCCACCGAACGGCUCUGCCUGCAGACGCUUUAUCGAUAUGCUACAACUCAGGCAAAAACCAGCAGAAAUUCUCUUCUGACAGAUGUAAUCACUGCUUACCAAAGAUUCUGUUCUCGGCCUCCAAAAGGAUUUGAAAAAUACUUCCCAAAUGGAAAAAAUGGAAAAAAAGCUAGUGAACCUAAAGAAGUUAUGGGAGAGAAAAAAGAACCAAAGCCGGCGGCUGCCCCGCGUGCGUCUGGAGGAGGUGUUGGUGGCGGUGGAAAACGAGGUGGCAAGAAGGAUGAUUCUCACUGGUGGUCCAGGUUCCAGAAGGGUGAUGUUCCGUGGGAUGACAAGGAAUUCAGGAUGUACUUUCUGUGGACGGCUCUGUUUUGGGGCGGAGUCAUGCUUUACUUCCUGUUCAGGAGCUCUGGCAGAGAAAUCACAUGGAAGGACUUUGUCAAUAACUAUCUCUCCAAAGGAGUGGUAGACAGACUGGAAGUCGUCAACAAGCGUUUUGUUCGAGUGACUUUUACACCAGGAAAAACUCCUGUUGAUGGACAGUACGUCUGGUUCAAUAUUGGCAGUGUGGACACCUUCGAGCGGAAUCUGGAAACUUUACAGCAGGAGCUGGGCAUCGAAGGGGAGAAUCGGGUCCCCGUGGUCUACAUCGCUGAGAGUGACGGCUCCUUCCUGCUCAGCAUGCUGCCCACCGCGCUCAUCAUCGCCUUCCUGCUCUACACCAUCCGGAGGGGGCCGGCCGGCAUCGGCCGCUCUGGCCGGGGCAUGGGUGGACUCUUCAGUGUGGGAGAGACUACUGCCAAGGUCUUAAAGGACGAGAUAGAUGUCAAGUUCAAAGAUGUGGCCGGCUGCGAGGAGGCCAAGCUAGAGAUCAUGGAGUUUGUGAACUUCCUGAAAAACCCAAAGCAGUAUCAAGACCUGGGAGCAAAAAUCCCCAAGGGUGCCAUCCUCACUGGUCCUCCAGGCACUGGGAAAACACUGCUGGCCAAGGCCACCGCUGGAGAAGCCAAUGUCCCUUUCAUCACCGUCAGUGGCUCUGAGUUCUUGGAGAUGUUUGUGGGCGUGGGCCCUGCUCGAGUCCGAGACUUAUUUGCCCUUGCUCGGAAGAAUGCCCCCUGCAUCCUCUUCAUUGACGAAAUAGACGCUGUGGGAAGGAAGAGAGGAAGGGGCAAUUUUGGGGGGCAGAGCGAACAGGAGAACACACUCAAUCAAUUGCUUGUGGAAAUGGACGGCUUUAACACGACGACGAACGUGGUCAUUUUGGCGGGCACCAAUCGGCCGGAUAUCCUGGACCCUGCGCUCUUGAGGCCCGGCCGCUUCGACAGACAGAUCUUCAUUGGACCACCGGACAUAAAAGGAAGAGCCUCUAUCUUCAAAGUGCACCUCCGACCGCUGAAACUGGACAGUACCCUGGAAAAAGAGAAGCUGGCAAGAAAGCUUGCGUCCUUGACGCCAGGGUUCUCAGGGGCUGAUGUUGCCAAUGUUUGCAAUGAAGCUGCUCUGAUUGCCGCCAGACACCUUUCAGAUUCCAUCAAUCAGAAACACUUUGAACAAGCGAUUGAGCGAGUGAUUGGAGGCCUAGAGAAGAAAACUCAGGUCCUGCAGCCCGAGGAGAAGAAGACAGUGGCGUACCAUGAGGCAGGCCACGCAGUUGCUGGCUGGUAUCUGGAGCACGCAGACCCACUCCUGAAGGUCUCCAUCAUCCCACGGGGCAAGGGCCUGGGCUACGCCCAGUACCUCCCCAAGGAGCAGUAUCUAUACACCAAAGAGCAGCUGCUGGACAGGAUGUGCAUGACCCUGGGUGGCCGUGUGGCCGAGGAAAUCUUCUUUGGGAGAAUUACAACCGGUGCCCAGGAUGACUUGCGGAAAGUGACUCAGAGCGCAUAUGCCCAGAUUGUUCAGUUUGGCAUGAACGAAAAGGUCGGGCAAAUCUCCUUUGACCUCCCACGCCAGGGGGACAUGGUGUUAGAGAAGCCUUACAGCGAAGCCACCGCCAGAUUGAUUGAUGACGAGGUGCGGAUACUUAUCAACGAUGCUUAUAAAAGGACAGUUGCUCUGCUCACAGAGAAGAAAGCUGACGUGGAAAAGGUUGCUCUGCUGUUAUUAGAAAAAGAAGUACUAGACAAGAAUAACAUGGUUGAACUUUUGGGCCCCAGACCAUUUGCAGAAAAAUCUACAUACGAAGAGUUUGUGGAAGGCACGGGCAGCCUGGAUGAGGACACAUCACUCCCAGAGGGCCUGAAGGACUGGAACAGGGAGCGGGAGGGCAGCGGGGAGGAGCCCGCGGGCGAGAAGGUCGCCAGCCAGGUCCAGGGGGCCAGCCCCUCGUAGCUCGUGGAUCACAGGAUCCCAGCUCUGGCUUCUCUGAGGCGUGCUCUACGAGUCCCUCUCAGCCAGCUGCCAGCCCAGAGGACAGCAGAGAGGAGGGCCUCAGCCAGCCCUGGGGUGGGGAGCACAGGCCCUACGCCCCUGCUGCUCCUCCUCCCUGGCGUGAUGCAGCGCGUGGGGCAUGGACUCUGGAGCUGCCAGCGUGGAAGGGGGGUGUUCUCCCGCCACCCCCUCUUCACUCCCACUGCCCUUCAGAGCUUCCCUCUGUGACAGCUGUGAAAUUAAAUUGGAGUCCUGAUAAGAGUA